AUGAGCACCAUCAACAAGUUUUCUACAUCUGAGAUGAACGCUCUGAGGCAGCUGGUCAUUCAGGACCCUCGUCACUUUCUCAUGCUGCCGAGAAAAAAACAGGAACUGCUGGUGGACAAAAUGGGGCAGAGGAUGAGCAUGUACACAGGAGUGUUCACUGAGGAGGAGUUUCGUUCACUGGGCGUCAUGGCACCGUUUAUAGUGGAUGAGGUUUUCAUCCAUGUGGACCGCGGCUUCUUCAUCGACAAUCUGGAUCUCCUCCUGGGACUCUGCUACAGCACGAGCAAGAUGGACCUGGUGGCUCGGAUCCUGCAAGAACCUGCUGUCUUUGGCCCAGUGAAGAACUGGAACCAGACAACUCUCAGUCAGGUGGACCGGUUCCUGUUCUUCCUGCCUGAGAGCAGUGUGCAGGACAUUUCCAUGGCGUUGAUGACUCUGGGACAUGUAGAGAAGCUGUUCAUGAUGCAGCGUCGGUGGGAAGACGGGCCUGUGGGAAGUCGUUGUUUGAACAAGAACGAGAGGAUGGCAUUUUUUGUCAAGCAGCAGUUUGUCCUUCAGUUUUUCCUGGGCUUCCUCAGUAUAAAUCCUCUGUCACCGACUCCAGUCGUUCCGACCUGUGAGAUUCUGCGCUCCAUCACUCCGGCUGCCUGGCCCGCCAGCAGCCUGACUAGCAUGUCUUCAUCUGCCUUCUCCAACUGUCUGGAGCUGAUGGGUCACGACCCGUUCCUCUCAUCCUACCAACACAAGCAGCUGCUCCAGAAGGUCAAACAGGUGAGAGUCAUUUGA